AUGCUGGACUCUGAUAAGGAUAAAUUUAUGAAGCAACUUAAGAAGAAAAUAGAAUGUUGGAGAGAAAUUAUUUUACCAUUAAAUUCUAUUCUUUUAUGGGAAAAACCAUGGUAUCCUGGUGUUAUUUUUGGUACUACAUCUUUAAUAUUCUUCAUGAUUUGGAUAAUGGAACCAGCAUUCUUGACAAUAAUAUCAAUGACUUUAUUGAUUCUGGCUUUGGCUGACUAUUUAGUACCAAUUGCAGUUGCAACUUUUAUUUCAUCUAGUGCUUGGAACGGUCAAAAAGAGCGUAAGCUUGAUGAAAUUUGUCAAAGAGUCAGCAAAUUUAUACUUCAAGCUCAAAGUUUUUGGAAAUUUAUUCUCAAUGCUCGAAGCAACCGCCCUAAUCUCUACUACGGAUCAAUCACUGUGUGUCUCAGUCUUUUGGCAUGGAUAGGAAACGUAGUAAAUAAUUUACUGCUAAUUUAUUUAGCAUCGGUGAUUGUUAUGCUAUUACCAGGACUUCGACACCAAGGACGAGCGCACUCAACUUUUAAAUUACUUUACAACCAAGUGUUUAAUCGCAACGUAAAACAAGCAUAA